UCGAACAUGGCUCGGAAGAAGUUGUCAUGGAAGUCCCUGAUCCCGAGCUGUUACAAGGGCAGGAGUCAAUCGGAGCCCAAGAGAAGGUUGAUAACGAAACAAGUCUCAUCCGUGAGGCUAUCGAUGUCGGAUCUCAGCCACCCAGGCUCACCCCUCUCCUUCGAUGACCUCUCCAACUCUCCCAUCUCCAAUAAUCUCCACAUCUUCACACUAGCGGAGCUACGGACCAUCACACAGAACUUCUCUCAAAACAAUUUCCUUGGUGAAGGAGGGUUCGGCCCUGUUCACAAAGGGUUUAUUGAUGAAAAUAUGAAGCAUUCUGGGCUAAAACCCCAACGCGUGGCCGUUAAGCACUUGGACUUAGAUGGCUUACAAGGCCAUAAGGAGUGGCUGACGGAAGUUAUAUUUUUAGGACAAUUGAAGCACCCAAAUCUGGUAAAGCUUAUUGGGUACUGCUACGAGGAGGAGCACAGGCUUCUGGUCUAUGAAUAUAUGAUCCGAGGAAGCUUGGAGAACCAACUCUUUAGAAAUCGCUAUAGUGCUUGCUUGCCAUGGGCAACAAGAAUGAAAAUCGCACUAGGAGCUGCAGAGGGCCUAGUCUUUCUCCAUGAAGCAGAGCCUGCUGUAAUAUACCGUGAUUUUAAAGCAUCAAACAUAUUACUGGACUCUGAUUACACGGCAAAGCUCUCUGAUUUUGGAUUAGCAAAGGACGGUCCAGAAGGAGAUAACACUCAUGUUUCCACACGGGUUUUGGGCACACAAGGCUACGCUGCUCCUGAAUAUAUAAUGACCGGUCAUUUGACGGCAAUGAGCGAUGUGUACAGCUUUGGAGUUGUCCUGCUAGAGAUACUUACAGGGAGACGGUCUGUGGACAAAAACCGCCCCAUGAGAGAAAAGAACCUUGUGGAAUGGGCCAAACCUUACCUAAACGAUGUCCGUAAGCUAGACCGGCUGAUGGACCCUAGGUUAGAUGGGCAGUACUCCUUAAAGGGGGCCCAGAAAGCAGCCCAAUUGGCUUACCAAUGCUUGAAGGACAACCCAAAGGCGAGACCAUCCAUGAGCACCGUGGUCAAGACUCUGGAGCUUAUGCAAAAUUUUGAUGACAUUCCGGUUGGACCGUUUGUAUACACGGUGGUCCAAUCUUCGAGCAAAGUCAAACCGGAAGACGAACCGGCAAAGGAUGAGGAAAGCAAGAAUGGUAAGAAUAAUAACAAAGAGAUUAGAGAGGAAAUUGAAGCACCAAAGGUGGAUGAUGAUGAUGAUGAUGACAAGAAUGAUAAUAAUAACAAGGAAGACGAGGAUGAGGAUGAUGAAGAGGAGGAAAAGAAACAACGGCAACGGAGGCACAAGAGCAGACGUGGCCAUCGACACCGGUCGAGCAUAUCUCCGGUCAAUUCCGAAACUUCACUCUACAAGUAUUUCAUCAAUGGUGGCUUGAGCUCACCUAAGCUUAGUAACCGAGGAAGCAAAGAGGAAGGAGUUGGCCACCGGUACACCAUAUCUUCGGUUCAUUCUGAUCCCUCACUCUCCAAGUAUUUCGGCAAUGGGGGCUUGAACUCAUUACCUAAGAGUAGUAAGAGAGAAGACAAGGAGGAAGUAGUAGUUCAGUAG